AUGUCAACGCAAGAUCCAGAAAAAGCCGAGCCUACGCAGGCUACGCCUACAAUGGCAGAGAAGCCCCUGCCUAAGCAGUCAUUCAUGUCAAAGGUUCGACUGCGUGAAUCUGGACAGACAGCCGCUUUCACUCACCCAGUCAGUCAUAUCAAGUCCGCCGACGAUACUGUGGUCGACUUUGACGGGCCUGAUGAUCCAUAUCGCCCAAUCAACUGGAGCUUUCAGAAGAAGGCCCUCACCACCAUUCUUUAUGGAAUGACUACCAUGGGUGCCAUUUGGGCAAGUUCAAUAUACUCGCCCGCCAUCCCAGGCAUUGCAGAAGAAUUUCAUAUUGGUGAAAUCACUGCCACACUCGGUACAAGUAUGCUAUUGUUCGGCUUCGGGCUGGGACCUAUCCUUUGGGCACCAUUGUCCGAGCUUUAUGGGCGGAAAAAAGUGGUUCUAGUUCCGUAUUUCAUUUCUAUCAUGUUUUCCUUUGCAACAGCAGUAUCCAAAGAUGUCCAGAGUGUCAUGAUCACUCGGUUCUUUGCCGGGUUCUUCGGCGGUGCCCCUAUCACCAAUACUGGGGGUGUAUUGGCAGACAUCUGGUCACCUCAACAACGUGGGGCUGCGAUCGUGGCUUAUGCAAUGGCUUUGGUGGGUGGGCCGGUAUUGGGUCCGAUUGUGGGCGGUGCGAUUGUUGACAGCUAUCUUGGGUGGAGAUGGACAGAAUAUAUUACCGGAAUUCUCCAACUGCUGAUGCUGACGCUGGGCGUCAUAUUUCUUGAUGAAACCUAUCCCCCAGCGCUGCUCGUCUACAAGGCUCGAAGAUUGCGUAUCAGCACCGGGAACUGGGCCUUGCACGCCCGCCAUGAAGAAAUAGAUUAUAGCCUCAAGGAUAUGGCUGACAAGUAUCUCUUCCGGCCGUUCCGUCUCUUAGUGACGCCUAUCUGCUUCUUUGUGGCGCUAUAUGCUUCAUUUGUGUACGGAAUCCUCUAUCUCAGUCUUGCUUCGUUCCCAGUCGAAUUUCAGGAGACUCGAGGAUGGAACCCGCUCGUCGGAAACCUGCCUUUCUUAGGAAUUCUGACCGGUAUGAUUCUCGGAGCGAUUGUCAACCUCCUUAACCAGAAAUUCUAUAUUAAAAAAUUCCGUGCAAACGGCAAUCGCGCUGUACCCGAGGCGCGGCUCCCGCCUAUGAUGCUUGGCUCAGUCUUCUUUUCCGCCGGCAUGUUUAUUCUCGGCUGGACGAGUCCCAAGAACAUAUUCUGGCUGUGUCCAGUGAUUGGAGCUGCCUCCAUGGGGUUAGGUUUCUUCACCAUCUUCCAAUCUUCCCUGAAUUACCUGGUAGACACUUUCACUCGCUUUUCUGCCAGUGCCAUUGCGGUCAAUACCUUCCUGCGCAGUAUCUUCGGUGGUACUUUCCCACUAUUUGCAACCAUCAUGUACCGUCGCAUGGGAGUUCCUUGGGCGUCAAGUCUGUUGGGUUUCGUCGGGAUGGCCCUCAUCCCAAUUCCGUUCGUGCUUUACGUCUAUGGGCCUGGCAUUCGAGCACGCGGGAAAUGGUCUCAGCCCUCAGUACACGGACAUUGA